GUAGUCCACACUCCACCGCUGUCAUUUCAUCCUUCUUGAUCCACACACACAGUGUAUGUGAACACAACACAAACACAUAUUCUGUGAUCACAUCCCACAAGAUUUCACACCCCCCAAAAUAAUGGACACCAAAAAAGAUCAUAUAACUUUACCUUCUACAAUGCCUUUCUCUCGUUCCUGAAUUCCAAAGAAAGAUAAAGAAAAAAAAUCCUCAGUCGAACAACUUUUGCUUUUUCUUUAAUCCCACACUCCAAUCAUCUGCCUCUCUCUCUAUCUGUUCUGCAAAAAAGUUUUUGGGGUUUUGCAGUGCAGCUCAUGAAGAAAUCAUUGCUUCUAGUUGAUGCAAAUGAGUAUCUUUUACUUCUUCUAUUCGUUUCAGCUACCUUCUUCUUCUUCACCUCCUUCGCUUGCUCCAAUGGCGGAUGCCAGAUACUAGAAUCGUGCUCUGCAGCGACUGAUUGUGCAGUUGGUUUGUAUUGUGGUAAUUGCGCUCAAUCGGGGAAAACUCAACCUUUUUGCAUUAGAGGUCAAGCUAAUGUCCCUACCUCCAUUAUCGGUGGGUUGCCUUUCAACAAAUACACAUGGCUUGUAACACAUAAUGCGUUUUCCAUUGUCGAUGCUCCCCUCUUGACAGGUCCUGAGAGAAUCACAUUUUACAAUCAAGAAGAUUCUGUCACCAACCAGUUAAGAAAUGGAGUAAGAGGAUUAAUGUUGGAUAUGUACGACUUUGAGAACGAUAUCUGGCUCUGCCACUCAUUUCAUGGCCAAUGUUUCAACAUCACUGCCUUUCAACCUGCGAUUAACACAUUGAGGGAAGUGGAAGCGUUCUUGAGUUCCAAUCCUAGUGAGAUUGUGACAAUUAUAAUAGAGGAUUAUGUUCAUACUCCAAAAGGGUUGAAUAAGCUAUUCAUGGAUGCUGGUUUGGAUAAAUACUGGUUCCCUGUUUCCAAAAUGCCCAAAAAAGGUGAGGAUUGGCCAACUGUCACCAAUAUGGCACAAGACAAUCAUCGGUUGUUGGUUUUCACUUCUGAUUCUUCAAAAGAAGCUUCCGAAGGUGUCGCUUAUCAAUGGAGAUACAUGGUGGAAAAUGAUCCUGGGGAUCCAGGAAUACAACAAGGGUCAUGUCAGAACAGAAAAGAAUCAAAGUCACUUACUUCAAAAUCAUCAUCUCUUUUUCUCCAAAAUUAUUUUCCAACAAUGCCUGUACAAGCAGAAGCUUGCAAAGAGCAUUCAACUCCAUUGAUGGACAUGGUCGGGACCUGCUACAAGGCUGCUGGGAAUGUUAUGCCCAACUUCUUGGCUGUCAAUUUCUACAUGAGAAGUGAUGGAGGUGGUGUUUUUGAUGCUUUGGAUCGAAUGAAUGGCCAAACUUUAUGUGGCUGUGUUUCCAUCACUGCUUGCCAGGCAGGAGCACCUUUUGGAACUUGUAGAAACAAUGCGGUGUUGAAUUCAACUUCACCAACGGGUCCUUCCGGAAGCUUUUCAGGAACUGUGCAGUUGACUGGAUCUGCUUCUAGAAUAAAACCUACAAGUUUUUUAGUCAUUUAUGGAUUUCAAUUUUUCGUAAUAUUGUUGGUAUUAUAUUUUAAUAAAUAAAUAAAUAUAUAUGUAUAAUGUUGUGACUUCA